AUGGAUGAUUCGCGUAAAUGGUUUCACAUGUCGGAUACAAAUUCACAAGUGAACAAUGGGGUUGAUGAUACAAAUGACCCGGAUGACCAGUCAUAUGAUAGUGAUAACUUUGACAUUUUAGACAGCGGGGGCGAAGAGGGCGAAGGGUCACGUGGACAACCUAGGAGGAGGAGGAGAUACCCGGAAUGGAAGAAAAAGAAAGACAUUAGUGAGAAAGUGGAGUUGGCUAUCAAAACUUUCAUUUCAGAGCAUAAUUGUGGCAGCCAUUAUCAAAACAAGAGAGCAACAAGUAAGUGGGCUGCAGCUCGAUAUCUGGAUCUUAUCCGGGACCAGAGAGACUUGAAGGCAAAAGCGUUGAAGGAAAUGAUACGGAGGGACUACAAUGUGGAGCUAUCAAGGUUAAGUUGCCAUCGUGCCAAGAAGAUGGCAUUAAGUAUUCUUGAUGGAAGAGAUGGUGAGCAGUAUAGGCACACCAGGGAGUAUGCGAGUGCAAUAUUGAAGUGGAAUCCGGGUAGCUCGGCCUUCAUUCAGAGGGAUGGACGAUUCUUCCAACGAAUAUAUGUUUCGUUGGCAACAUGUAAACAAGGCUUCUUGGCAGCAUGUAGACCUAUGAUAUGUGUGGACGCUUGUUUCUUGAAGGGAAAAUGGGGUGGUCAAUUGCAUGCAGCCAUUGCCCGGGACGGUAAUGAUGAUAUUUACCCUAUCGCAUAUGCGGUAUGCGAGACGGAGACCAAAGAUACAUGGACAUGGUUCUUGCGAAAUCUGUUGGAAGAUGUUGGUUAUCUGCAUGAACUACCUCUGUCAUUUAUGUCAGAUCGACAGAAGGGACUCCUCAAUGAUUUGGAGGAUCUAAUGCCUGGUAUCGAGCAUCGAUUUUGUGUCCGGCACUUGCAUGCGAAUUUUAAGGGCAAAGGAUUCAAAGGGAAGGAAUUCAAAGACGCAUUGUGGGGUGCAGCUAGGGCACCGAAUGAAAUUCAGUUCAAGUACUACCUAUCCGUGAUCAGAGGUAUGCAUGGUGAAGCAGGUGAUUACAUUGAUAAAAUUGACCCAAAAUUGUGGUCAAGGCAAGCAUUCCGAACCACCAGCUGUAGUGAUGUUUUGUUAAAUAACAUCGCGGAGAGCUUCAAUGCAUGGAUACUUGAAGCAAGAGACCAACCAAUACUGACUUGUUUUGAGACAAUAAGGCGGCAAAUUAUGAAUCGGUUCAAUCAGAAAAGGGCUGGAGCAGUAACUGCAACAAAUGUUAUUUGCCCUAAGAUUAUGAAAAAAUUGGAGAGAAACAAGUCAGAUGCAAGGAACUAUAUAUGUCAUUGGAGCAACAAACUGCAGUUUGAGGUCGACAGUACCCACGAGGCUCGCAGGGUGGUAGAUCUUGAGCAACGUACAUGUGGUUGUGGGAGGUGGCAGCUAAAUGGAAUUCCAUGCCCACAUGCAAUUGCUGCCAUAUACCUAAAUCAUCAGAAACCCGAGCAAUAUGUCAGUAAAUGGUACCUUAUGGAUACAUUCAGACAGGCCUAUGCUGGUGGGGUUAAUCCUAUGCCUGGACCAGAUGACUGGCCGGCUGACCGUGAUGUGGAUCCCAUAGAUCCACCUGAGCCAAGGAAACAACGUGGGAGGCCUAAAAAACUGAGAAAAAGAGAACCUCAUGAGCAAAAACCAGAUGAGAGCAUUAAAAUAUGUCGCAAAGGAUACGAUGUGCAAUGUGGAAACUAUGGUAAAAAAUGCCACAAUGCUAGAGGUUGCAACGAACCAGAAAAUGCCAAUAGGAAGAAGUAUCCGAAAAAGGUUAAGAAGCCGAAGGCAGAUGUUGGAGGGCCAUCAGGGACAGUGUCACCUCCUAGGACAACUGAAUCUACAAAUACGGUUGGUCAACAACCGGAUGACAUCCCACAAACCGAAAGCCAAUCGAUAAGACGGAGACAAAGGCAAGUCUCUUUGGUAUACCAGAAGAAUUCAAAGGUGUCCCAGUCUGGGGGGGUCACAGCCAGUUGA